AUGGAAGAUAAUCAGCUGAACAUGAACUCUCAGAACAAUGCUAUGAUCAAAAGAGCUAAUGAGGCCCUUGAAUAUGUAAAAAGAGGAAUAUCAGGCAAGGAAAUAAUCAGAUGUAAUCUUCCAAUGCGAGAGUCAACGGUCUUUACUCAUUUGGUAGUCGUUUCACUAGAUAACUAUGUACAAAUGAACAACAGAGAAGUUUUCAGAUGGUCCCAAAUCAAUUCCAGACACUCUCUGCAAUUCCAAAUCCGCUCCUCAGAGAAGCAGCUGUUGGACAGGUUCCAGCAGGUUCCCCAGGGGAUUAUCCUGCAAACGAAACACCAGACUUCCACCAGCCAGGUGUCAUCAUCUCUGAGCCACUUCAGCAGCCAGCCGUCAUCUGUCCUGGUUAGCAGCCAAGGUCAGCCAGUAGCAGGGACAACAACGCAAGCACCAGUCCACAGCCACCCAUCUGUCCCUGCUGCAGUCCAGCCUUCUGCAGGUAUAGCUGCUCCAGUUCCUGCAGAGAGUAAAACGUUUUCCAGUGGCUCCACAGCUAUUCCUGGGGGGAAAGUGACUACAGUGUCAGGGAAACCAGGAACACCUCUUGCCGUACAGCAACCAGUUCAGGCGAAGCCUGGAGUGAUUAGCUCCAUCUCCGGCCUGAAUCUUGGAAAAGGCUCCUUGCAGAUCCAGGUAGUUGGGAAAGGAUUAUCACAACUCAUGCCCUCAGUCCCAGUCCCAUCCCAGCAGCAGUACGAUAGUAAGCUUGGAAGUCUGAAAAAAACUCCUACACUACAGCCCAGCAAAGAAGCUUGUUUCUUGGAACAGUUACAUAAACAUCAGGGAGCAGUGUUGCACCCUGACUAUAAAACUUCAUUCCGAUCAUUUGAAGAUGCCUUACAAAGGCUUCUACCCUAUCAUGUCUACCAGGGGAUGCUUCCCUCUACCCACGACUACAGAAAGGUAGAUGAAGAGUUUGAAACAGUGUCCACCCAACUGCUGAAACGCACACAAGCUAUGUUGAACAAAUACCGCCUGCUGCUCUUAGAGGAGUCUCGGAGAGUCAGCCCUUCUGCAGAGAUGGUGAUGAUCGAUCGAAUGUUUAUUCAGGAAGAAAAGACCAUGUUGGCUCUUGAUAAACAGCUAGCAAAGGAGAAACCAGAUGAGUAUGUUUCAUCAUCAUCUCGCUCACAGAGCCUCACUUCCUCUCUGGCUCUAUCCUCUGUAUCCAGCAUCACCCCAGCUUCUGAGAAUCUAAAGGUGCCUCCAGUGCAGACAGCCACCCAGAUCCACCCCACCAAAUUGGUUAUCAAGCACAGCGGAGGCUCCCCUUCUGUCACAUGGGCAAAAGCUUCGCCUUCUUUGGAUGGAGAUGAGGAUGCCCUACCCUCGAGGAGCAAGCCCCCAAUCAAAACUUACGAGGCACGGAGCCGGAUUGGGCUUAAGCUGAAGAUCAAGCAGGAGGCUGGUCUCAGGAAGGUGGUACACAACACUGCCUUGGACCCAGUUCACCAGCCGCCUCCGGUGUGCACAGUCAUCAAAACAGCUGACCAGCGCUCUUCAGCCACCACCACCACCACCACCACUGCCGGGCAAAUGAACGGGACUAUUGACCACGUAACCUCAGCACCUGUGGAGAAAAAACCCAUUGUGACCUACUGCAGGCUUCCGCUUCGUAAGACUUACAGAGAGAAUGUGGAUGCUUUUAUAACAGAUAAAGCCACUGAUGCCUGUCCGAAGGGAGGCAUCCCAAAGGUCGAUACGAUCCCCAGCACCCUUGUGAUCAAGCAGGAGGACGGCUCCAAAGGCGUGAUCACCUCUCUCAAAACCCAUGAAACCCCAACUGUGGUGGUGGCAGAGAAGAGCAAGCCAGAGGAGAGCUCCAAGCUCCUGUUUUUCAACAGGAGUGAUGCCCGUUCUCUGGUGAUGCAAGACGGCCCUGCCCCUCCGAAGACCGAUGACUCUACCAGUGGCCUUAUGAAGGAACUUGCAGAAGUAGAGGAUGAGUUUUAUCAUGGAAUGAUAAAAACAGAACCCCCUGAUCACAGCUCUGGCUCAGAGCUCACCUGGGAGGUUCCCUUGCCUCCAGCCAAGCGCAGGAAGUCGGAGUCCUUUGAUGUGGAUAAUGCCAGCUUCUCCAGCGACAGCCCCCAGGACGACUCCCUUAAUGAACACCUACAGAGUGCCAUUGACAGCAUUCUCAACCUGCAGCAACCUCAGACUGGGGGUCAGAAUAUCCGGACACCCUCCUCCUCGUACAACUCCUCUUCCUCCCCUUUCUCUUCACCUGUCCAUCGUACAGACACUUACCUUGCCCCUAAUCACAAUGGCGGCCUUGGAGCAAGGACGUUGAACAGAUAACAGAAAACCAAACUGAGCAGAAACUGAACAGAAAGCAAGGACCGAAGAAGAAGCUCUUGCUGGUUGAAACAGUUGAGCACCAUGGGUGGCAAUGGUGCCGCCUACCCAGAGACCCGAUGGCUCGGGCCUGGCACCAGCAGGAGUGGGGGAAGAGGGUGUCCUAAUGAUGCUUCAUCCAAGUGUUUAUAUGAUGGGUUUUGGAUGUUGUAAAGUACAAGCUGAGGCUGGAUUUACAAUACACUCGUCUCAUCAAAUACACCCUAUAAUGGCAAGUGAGAAGCAAAUAGGCGGGUGGGAGGGGACUGAUGGGGCCCAUAGAUAGUGCUGGCUGUGUAAUUUAGAUUCUGUAACAAAUUGCUAAUUUGAAUAUCUGAUUGAUCAGUUUCCCCACCCCAUCUUAAACUUUGAACAGAUUGCAAGUCAAGCCAGUGUGAGGCAAAAGGGAAUUCUGCAGGAAUUGCCACAGAGGCAAAAUUUAUUGUUCAUUUUUAAGUUAUUUCAGGAAUCAAGCAUGGGCUUGUGGAACCUCUCAUUGGUCAACAAAGGGCAAAAAAAUAGUCAAGAAAGGAAAUGCAAACACUAAUCUUUAAAAAGAAAGAAAGUUUACAACUAAAUCUAUGUUUUACUCCUACAACUUGAAGAGAAACAAUUCCCUUGGGAGUAGCUGUAGGUAGGACUAGCAGGAGCAGCACAGGGGAGAUAGGGAAGAGAGGAAUAUCAUGCAAUCAUUUACUCUGAGCGGGGUGGUUACAUAGCUUUUUGUUGUACUCCAUGGCAACGUGAUAUUUUGGUAGCAACCGGGCAAAGUGUAUUCAAGCUGUGUUAGGAGCGAAGCUGGUCUGGCAUUUCCCUGCAGCAUUCCAAGGCAGGGGGUGUGCUGAUAAGAGAACAGGCUGGGGCCAAGGCAUCAUGUUGCAAUGUUCUGCUUGGAGCUAGGCAAAGGCAGAAAGCAAAAAUGCCAAAUGAAUGUUUACAUGUUUUA